GAAACCACCAACACACAACAUGAAGUCGGCCAGAGUAAUCCGGUAGCCAUUCAACUGCAUCAACAUCAGCAACAUGAAACCAAGACACACCAAGAAGCAAUUAAGAUCAACGAGCUACAUCAAGACGUUGAACCCCAAAUUUCUUACCAACCUGUGAAGACUUACGCCUCUGCAAAAGUCAUUAUACCUACUCCGGCAAAUGGUCCUCAUAAGGAGAGUUUCAAUUUAAACCUUGGAUCUAACAAUAGGGUCACUUUCAAGGUGGAUGAGUCUCAAGGUCAGGAGCCAGUGAACUACGAACAGACUACAGAGGAGGAGCAAAUUCCUUUCUCUGAUGGAUCACCAAUUUUCGAGACCUCGGAACAGAUGAUCCAAAGCUUCCUCCGCCAAUCACCAGUGGCUCCAGAAGAGCCUGCAGUCAUCCCCGACCUGGAUCUCCCCGCCCGUCUCCCGGUCACCUCACCGCCUUCCUACGGCGUACCGAUCGCAGCAGCGGCACCGCCUCGUCCGGACUUCAACCGAUCUCUCCAUCUGCGUGUGGAUCUGACUGUGCCGAGCUCCGACUACACUGAGGCUUAUGAUAUACAAUGGCACUCGGAGUCCAACACAGCCAAGACCGUGGUGGAGGAUGGCAGCACUGUCAUCUACCGCGCACCGCUGGCUGACGGACGCAUCCAGUUCCUUGAGAUUCAACGAGAACCUAAGGAUGGACAGGAGGUGCGCCGCUGCACGCUCUCCCCGCUGAUGCAGGCCUCCCCCGAACACAACGCCUUCCCAGGACUACCAGCAUUCGACCAGUUUGAGUUCGUUGGUUACACGACCGCAGAGGGCCGAUCGCUAGUGGAGCGCUGGCGCCGCGUAGUCAAGGGUGGCCCAGGAGAAGGCGGCGCGGCGGAGGGAGAGGCCCUCACCGUCACGCACGAUAUGUUCAUCAUCAGGGACAGGGGACUAGCCGUGCCGCUCAGAUACUCAGUGGUGACCGACAGUUCCAUCCUCGGCCCCAACAGCGACAACUACACCCACCGCUACAACUUGCUCGACGGUCCAACCGCCGCAGUUCUCCCCGACACGCCCCGGGAUUGCGACACCUUCGAGGAGUACCCAGCAGAUGAGCACAGUCUUCAGAAGAGGGCUACUGGCCUCGUGUCGCGGGUUCUCGCAAAGUUUGACCCGAUCAGAGAGUUCGCUGGACCGACAAGGGAUGUUCGAUACGACUCCAUAUUGACUGACUUCAAAAACCAAUUCAAACGCAAAUACCUAGACCCGGCGGAAGAGGCCGUCCGCAAGAACCUCCUCGUCAAGUCGACCCGGUUCAUCGAGGCAGGCAACCGUCUCGCCUCCGGAUUCAAGAUGGCCGCCAACUUCAUGGCUGACAGGCUGGACGACGAGAUCAGCCAGCUGUUUGGAGUUCAGGCGCCGCCAGAGGGCGCUAGCGAGCCUGGGCUUGUGCCGUUCCCGUACACGGAGGAUGAAGUGAAGAAUAUUAAGCUGGAUGAUGAGUUUGACUGGCGUCCGCUUGGAGCCGUGUCUCCUGUGCGCUUCCAAGAUACAACAUGUGCUUCGUGCUGGGCCUUCGCCGUGGCGGCCUCCACGGAGGGCGCGCUCUUCAAGAAGACCAACAAACUGGUGCCGCUCAGCCCCCAGUGCCUCGUCGACUGCGGCAAACCGUUCGGAACGAACGGCUGCAACGGCACGUGGCCCAGCUUUGCGUAUGAUUACGUGAAGGCUCGCGGGCUGCCGGCGUGGGACGAGUACACCAACUACCAGGCUAAGGUGUUGCAGUGUAAAGACACGACCGUGCCGCCGGUGACGCACAUCAGCGGGCACGUGAACGUCACCGCCUUCAGCGAGGGCGCCCUCAAGGUAGCCAUCAAGAAUCACGCACCGUCCGUCGUCAUAGUGGACGCGAAGGCGCAGAGCUUCAUCUAUUACAAGUCGGGGGUGCUGAAGGACAAGCGCUGCGGCGAGAACAAGCCUCGUCUCAACCACGCCGUCCUCGCCGUCGGCUGGGGCUCCACGGACGGCCCUCACUUCAUCAUCAAGAACACGUGGAGCGACAAGUGGGGGGAGGGGGGCUACGUCCGCAUCGCGCCCGACUCCUGCGCACUCCUGGAGCGGCCAUCUUACUCGCUAGUUGAGGAACCUAAUAUUGAUACAGCGGAACUGAGGGCGGCCGCGGCGAGCGUUCAAGCUUAG